GGAAUUUCGGUCACUGGCACAGUUAGCUCGACUCGGCCUACACCUAGUUUUUUUUUUUUUAAAUAGAAGGUGUUUGUGGAUGUGUGCGUGUCUGUGUGACCCCCGGAAUGGGGGAUGGUAUGGAGGAAAGCACUACCCGAUACCGUGAUCAGCUGUCUUGUGUUGUUGGAACCAGGAAAAGAUAGUAUUAUUAAACUGCUAAAGUUGGACUUUAUGUAAUGAGGAUCACAACAGACCGUUGUGUUAAGUGACAUCACAAUAGACCGUUGUGUUAAGUGUUAAAUGUUUACAUAAUCAUAAGUGGUUUAAUUAUUCUGUGUCAUGCUGCUAUUAAUAACACAUGAAGUUUGAGGAAGCGCAUCUGAUGAUGUCAGUGAAAGAGUGAAAUGUUGGAUGGCUUGUUGCUGUAUACUAUGACUAUUCAUACUAUUAGAUCACUCCGAUGGAUCAGUGAUAUUUAUAAAAAGAUUGGAUCAGUGUUGAUCUAAUUAUCAACGACAUGGCUCACCGAUUACAUACGUACAGUGAUCCAAGGUAAAUUUUUAAUUUUUUUUUUUAACUUUAAAAUUAUUUUGUCUUCUAAUUUGUACUUUGACAUAAUUUAGUGAAAUGGUUCGUAGCUUUAAAGAUUUUUAAAGUUAUAGUUCUAGGCCUCCGUAAUGAAACGAAUUUGGGCGUUCCACACUAUGAAGUAAUACACACAGAAGCAGGGGCGUUGGCUACGCCAUAGCUAGGGAUAGAGCCGCCAGUUGUGUUCCAAGAUUUGUCCGUCAUCAGUCAUCAGUCAUCAGUUAGUGCCCGAAAAUGUAAGGGGAAAAAGUGUCGACAGGUGCGCAUCGCUCCCUCAUUCACACCCCCCCCCCCCACUCGUUCCUACGCCACUGCACAGAAGUAUGUAAUACAAUGAUAGCCCAGAAAGGGGAAUUAGGAGUCAACGACAAAGUGUAUGAUGUGUAUGGCUAAAAAAGAUACAAACAUUAGAUGGGCCCGUAUACAAACAUUAGAUGGGCCCGUAUACAAACAUUGGAUGGGCCCGUAUACAAACAUUGGGUGGGCCCGUAUACAAACAUUAGAUGNCGAAAAAGUAAGGGGAAAAAGUGUCGACAGGGUCGCAUCGCCCCCUCAUUCACCCCCCCCCCCCCACUCGUUCCUACGCCACUGCACAGAAGUAUGUAAUACAAUGAUAGCCCAGAAAGGGGAAUUAGGAGUCAACGACAAAGUGUAUGAUGUGUAUGGCUAAAAAAGAUACAAACAUUAGAUGGGCCCGUAUACAAACAUUAGAUGGGCCCGUAUACAAACAUUGGAUGGGCCCGUAUACAAACAUUGGGUGGGCCCGUAUACAAACAUUAGAUGGGCCCGUAUACAAACAUUGGAUGGGCCCGUAUACAAAGAUUAGAUGGGCCCGGAUACAAACAUUAGAUGGGCCCGGAUACAACAUCAGAUGGGCCCGGAUACAAACAUGAGAUGGGCCGUAUACAAACAUUGGAUGAGCGCGUAUACAAACAUAAGAUGGGCCCGGAUACAAACAUAAGAUGGGCCCGGAUACAAACAUAAGAUGGGCCCGGAUACAAACAUAAGAUGGGCCCGGAUACAAACAUAAGAUGGGCCCGGAUACAAACAUAAGAUGGGCCCAUAUACAUACAUAAGAUGGACCCGGAUACAAACAUAAGAUGGGCCCGGAUACAAACAUAAGAUGGGCCCGGAUACAAACAUGAGAUGGGCCCGGAUACAAACAUGAGAUGGGCCCAUAUACAUACAUAAGAUGGGCCCGGAUACAAACAUGAGAUGGGCCCGGAUACAAACAUGAGAUGGGCCCGGAUACAACCAUGAGAUGGGCCCGUCAUGCCGUCAUUAUGUUUUAUGUAGUAUCACAACAGCAGCGGUUUCUUUGGAGGACAAAUUCUUGUGAAAAAAUAACCACCGAAAAAAAAAGGGAACAAAGGGACAUAACUCUGGUGACCUAGUUUCUCGUGUCUCUGCGCUAUCAAAUAUUGUUUUGGGACCUGGACAAACAUGCGUUCCUUUGGCAGGUUCAUGGUCUCGUUGUUGGUGAUGGUCUCGUUGUUGGUGGUGAUGGUCUCGUUGUUGGUGGUGAUGGUCUCGUUGUUGGUUGUGAUGCUCUCGUUGUCGGUGGUGAUCUCCUUGUUGUUGAUGGUCUCGUUUUUGGUGAUGAUGGUCUCGCUGUUGGUGAUGAUCUCCUUGUUGGUGAUGAUCUCCUUGUUGAUGAUGGUCUCCUUGUUGGUAAUGAUCUCCUUGUUGGUGAUAGUCUCUUUGUUGGUGAUGGUCUCCUUGUUGGUGAUGGUCUCCUUGUUGUUGAUGGCCUCGUUGUUGGUGAUGAUGGUCUAUUUGUUGGUGAUGAUGGUCUCGUUGUUGGUGAUGGUCUCCUUGUUGGUGAUGGCCUCGUUGUUGGUGAUGAUGGUCUCCUUGUUGGUGAUGGUCUCUUUGUUGGUGAUGAUGGUCCCGUUGUUGGUGAUGAUGGUCUAUUUGUUGGUGAUGAUGGUCUCGUUCUUGGUGUUGGUCUCCUUGUUGGUGAUGGUCUCGUUGUUGGUGAUGGUCUCCUUGUUGGUGAUGGUCUCCUUGUUGGUGAUGGUCUCUUUGUUGUUGAUGGUCUCGUUGUUGUGAUGGUCUCCUUGUUGGUGAUGGUCUCCUUGUUGGUGAUGGUCUCGUUGGUCGUGAUGGCCUUGUUGUUGGUGAUGAUGGUCUAUUUGUUAGUGAUGAUGGUCUCGUUGUUGGUGAUGAUGGUCUCCUUGUUGGUGAUGGCCUCGUUGUUGGUGAUGAUGGUCUCCUUGUUGAUGAUGGUCUCCUUGUUGAUGAUGGUCUCUUUGUUGGUGAUGGUCUCGUUGUUGGUGAUGGUCUCCUUGUUGUUGAUGUUUUCCUUGUUGUUGAUGGCCUUGUUGUUGGUGAUGAUGGUCUAUUUGUUGGUGAUGAUGGUCUCGUUGUUGGUGAUGAUGGUCUCCUUGUUGGUGAUGGUCUCCUUGUUGGUGAUGGCCUCGUUGUUGGUGAUGAUGGUCUCCUUGUUGGUGAUGGUCUCUUUGUUGGUGAUGAUGGUCCCGUUGUUGGUGAUGAUGGUCUAUUUGUUGGUGAUGAUGGUCUCGUUGUUGGUGAUGGUCUCCUUGUUGGUGAUGGUCUCGUUGUUGGUGAUGGUCUCCUUGUUGGUGAUGGUCUCCUUUUUGGUGAUGGUCUCUUUGUUGUUGAUGGUCUCGUUGUUGUGAUGGUCUCCUUGUUAGUGAUGGUCUCCUUGUUGGUGAUGGUCUCCUUGUUGGUGAUGGUCUCGUUGGUCGUGAUGGCCUUGUUGUUGGUGAUGAUGGUCUAUUUGUUGGUGAUGAUGGUCUCGUUGUUGGUGAUGAUGGUCUCCUUGUUGGUGAUGGUCUCCUUGUUGGUGAUGGUCUCUUUGUUGGUGAUGAUGGUCCCGUUGUUGGUGAUGAUGGUCUAUUUGUUGGUGAUGAUGGUCUCGUUGUUGGUGAUGGUCUCGUUGUUGGUGAUGGUCUCCUUGUUGGUGAUGGUCUCCUUGUUGAUGAUGGUCUCUUUGUUGGUGAUGGUCUCGUUGUUGGUGAUGGUCUCCUUGUUGUUAAUGUUUUCCUUGUUGUUGAUGGCCUUGUUGUUGGUGAUGAUGGUCAAUUUGUUGGUGAUGAUGGUUUCGUUGUUGGUGAUGAUGGUCUCCUUGUUGGUGAUGGUCUCCUUGUUGGUGAUGGCCUCGGUGUUGGUGAUGAUGGUCUCCUUGUUGGUGAUGGUCUCUUUGUUGGUGAUGAUGGUCUCGUUGUUGGUGAUGGUCUCCUUGUUGGUGAUGGUCUCGUUGUUGGUGAUGGUCUCCUUGUUGGUGAUGGUCUCCUUGUUGGUGAUGGUCUCGUUGUUGUGAUGGUCUCCUUGUUGGUGAUGGUCUCCUUGUUGGUGAUGGUCUCGUUGGUCGUGAUGGUCUCGUUGUUGGUGGUGAUGGUCUCGUUGUUGGUGGUGAUGAUCUCCUUGUUGGUGGUUAAUUCAGUUUGGUUUAUAAGAGACAGAUGACUUCCCAACAUGAAAUACAUACAAUAAAGAAAAUAUAAAGAAAAAAAAACACUGCAGGCUACGUACAAUUCGUGCAUUCAAAUUGUCAUCUUAGUCCAUAAUGGGGUGGACUGGAGUGACCAAGAUGUCCAGGAGACAGGUCAAAAGCGGCCAUCUCCGACUUUUGUUUUUUGUUUUGCUUAAGACAACUUAGGUGUUUGUGUGUGUGGUUUGGGGAGGGGGGUUUGUUCUCAUCAAAGGUCCCAGAGAACCUUACAAUGUCACAAGUCAAUCAAACAAAAGAGAAAUUAAAAAUACUUAAUUUAAAAUUAGAUUAAGAGAAACUAUUAAUUAAACUAUAAGAGUUCUAAAUUAAUUGGUUUGUAUGGCAUCUUUCCGUCUGCGGGAGACGAUAGAUUAUCUUUAUUGCUUGCAGCUCUUGGUGUGGCUGGUGAGACCAAUCCUCGAAUGGCAGUCUCUGUUACAUUUCCCACACACGAAUGCGGUGGAGCAGUAUUUACUGGCCUUUCUCCUCGCUCUUUUUCCAUCUGUUUCCGCCCUGUUUUGCUCCUCAGCAUGUAGUGAUCCUGCCUUCACGAUGUCCCGCCAUGAGGAUCGAUCCUCUGCCAGCUCCUCCCAGUUUGAGAUGUCGAUGUUGGCCGACUUCAUGUCUCUUUUGCAUAUGUCUAAGUAUCUUAGACGAGGCCGUCCAACUGACCUUUUCCCUGUCUCCAGCUCGCUGUAUUGCACGUCCUUUGAUAUGCGACCAGGUUGCAUUCGCUUGACGUGUCCAAGCCAGCGGAGGCGUCUUUGGAUUAACAUGGUUGUGACGCUACACAUGUUUGUUUGGGACAGGACAUCCGUGUUGGGGAUUUCUUCUUGCCAUUUAAUGUCAAGGAUGUGACGCAGGCAUCUGAGGUGGAAGCCAUUGAGCCUUCUUUCGUGGUUAGAGUAAGUGGUCCACGACUCGCAUCCAUACAGGAGUGUGCUCAGUACGCAGGCCUGGUACACCUGCAGCUUAGUUCUUGUUGUAAGUUUGGCGUUUGACCAGACUCUUUUCUUCAGUCUGGCCAUAACAGUUGCGGCCUUCCCUAUCCUUCCACUUAUCUCAUCCUCCAUUGAGAGGGUGCUCGAUAUGUUGGAUCCCAGAUAUGUGAAUCUGUCAACAGUUUCCAAGUCGUAGUCGUCGAUGGCAAUAGUGGGGAGGGAGUCAGCGCCCUGUGCCAUAAUGUUAGUUUUCUUUAGGCUAAUUGUCAGGCCAAACCCUUUGCAGGCAGCGGAUAGGCUGGAUACGAGGCUCUGCAGGCCGUCAGCUGUGUGAGAUACCAAAGCGACAUCAUCCGCAAACAAGAACUCCCGCAGCAAGACCUUUCUUGUUUUAGUCUUAGCUCUAAGGCGGGCAAUGUUGAAUAAUUUGCCGUCAUCUCUAGUGUGGAUGUAUAUCCUCUCGCUGUUGUUCUGAAAGGCAUACUGGAGUAGGAUGGAGAAAAAGAUGGCAAAUAAAGUAGGAGCCAGCACGCAACCUUGCUUUACUCCACUACUCACUGGAAAAGCUUCUGAGGCGGCACCGUUAUAGCACACUGUGCCCUGCAUGUUUUCGUGGAACUGCUUAAUGUGUGCCCUGCAUGUUUUCGUGGAACUGCUUGAUGAUGUUAAGCAGUCUUGUAGGGCAGCCUAUCUUUUUUAGGAUCUGAAACAGGCCGCUUCUGCUGACAAGAUCAAAAGCCUAAGUGAGGUCGACAAACGCAAUGUAUAAAGGCAUAUGUUGCUCCCUGCACUUCUCCUGCAGCUGGCGCAGAGAGAAGAUCAUGUCUAUGGUUGACCUACCGGCGCGAAAACCACAUUGCGAUUCUGGGAGUACACGCGAUGCUAGGGUCUGUAGGCGUGUUAAUGCAACUCGGGCGAAAGCCUUUCCAACUAUGCUGAGGAGGAAGAUUCACUCUUGUCUCCUUUAUGUUUUUACAAUGUAACGAUGUUUGCAUCUUUCAACUCUUGUGGUAGCUGUCCCUGUUCCCAGGACAGAGUAAGGAGAUCGUGCAAGGGCCGUAAUAGUACUCCUUUUCCACAUUUGAGAGCUUCUGGUGGGAUACCAUCAUUGCCCGCGGCUUUCCCACUGGCGAGACAAUCGAUGGCUCUACGUAGCUCUUGUGUGCUGGGUAGGGUAUCAAGCUCCUCCAUGACCGGUAAGUCUGGAAUAUCGUCCAUGGCAGCGGUUGAGACAUGGUUUAUUGUUGCGUAUAUUUCCAAGUAAUGCUCUAUCCACCGCUUAAGUUGUUUAUCUCGAUCAGUAAUAAUUUCCCCUGAUUUGGACAUUAAGGGCGCAGUCUUGGAGAUCAGAGGGCCUGUUGCUUGCUUUAUAUUCCUGUACAUUGACUUUGCAUCACCUCUAUCACCAGCUGAUUGUAUGCUGGAGCUUAGAUUGAGCCAGUAUGUGUUAGCUUUUGUUUAUAUUUUCUUUAUUGUAUGUAUUUAAUGGUGGGAACCAAGUCAUCUGUCUCUUCUUAUAAACCAAACUGAAUUAACCACCAACAAGGAGACCAUCACCAACAACGUGAAACUGAUUGGUUUAAUUCUUAGGAUAUUCAUUUCCAACACAUAAUUAUUCACGUUAAAAUAUAUUUUAUAAGUGAUAUAAUUAUUAUCAUUAUCAAUUGCUACAACUGUAUUAUCCUGCCGCUUUCAAAGAGAAAAUAUACGAAUUCAAUUUUGUUUCGUCUAUUCAUGUUUCAAGUUUCAACAUUGCCGUUACAAGAUAGGCCGCCUUUUAACAGUAGACACUAACUGCUGCUCUUUAUUAGCACAUAUCUAUCCUUCAUACAGUAGACACUAACUGUUGCUCUUUAUUAGCACAUAUCUAUCCUUCAUCAAGUUUUGCUUUACUCAAAAAAAGGUUGCCGAACCCUGACUUUAAAAAAAUUGGUUUCUAAAUCAGAUUAAUCGCUUGUUAACGUUAUCUGGGACGAAUCGUAUUCUUAUUGAGCAUACACUGUAUGACUGUAUGGUGCAGUUUUAAUUAGACAGUUUUAGCGUUAUGCAGAAGCGGCACAGACUACCCACCUCUCACUGACAGAAGCGGCACAGACUACCCACCUCUCACUGACAGAAGCGGCACAGACUACCCACCUCUCACUGACAGAAGCGGCACAGACUACCCACCUCUCACUGACAGAAGCGGCUCAGACUACCCACCUCUCACUGACAGAAGCGGGACAGACUACCCACCUCUCCCUGACAGAAGCAGCACAGACUACCCACCUCUCACUGACAGAAGCGGCACAGACUACCGGGAUUUUUCCCUGUGUCCCGAUGGGCCAGCCCACCACUGCCUUAGUCCACUUUUACUUUUGACUUUGAUUGUCCCUCUCCAACUUCAAGAGUGCCCACUUUACAUUUAAUAAGAAACACAGACACAAUAAUACGAGCAUAUCUUAAUGUAAGAACCGCAAGGUAAGAAUCGAUCAUUUAUUUUAUUGUUAGCCGGAGAAGGCGUUUGACCGACACUUUUUGUGAAGGUACCGGUAGCUCCUAGUUUAGUUUCCUAUACCUUCAAUCUCCUUACUUUACAACUAGGAGGAACUCUUGCCCAAUUGAUUCAUUUCGGUAUCUGGACCCUUCCUUCUAGAUUAAAUAUCACACAACAAUUUCACAUACACACAAGAAAAUAAAUAUGAUAUCAAAACCAGACAAACAAUAUAAUUCGCAUAAAAAUGUACAAAAAUGUCAUGUAACAUAUGCACAAACGAAUGAAACGCACAAACGACAUAAUUACUUUUAAAUUUAGAUUUUAAACAAAGUAAACAUUGUUAGCAAGUUGUAUACAUUGAAAGCACUAACAUAAGGUAAGAUUUAAAACAUCAUGAUGAUAUAACCCAGGUGAAAAACAUGUUUAAAGGUCAUAAAAACCCAGGUGAAAAACAUGCUUAAAGGUCAUAGAAAAAUACGCAAUUUACACAACAGAAAGCCGAUGUAGCUGUAGGCCUGUUGAUAAACAGGCACCAUAAGCUCUAUCAUAACUUGGAGUUGUGAGGUUAUGGGGUGAGUCAGGAUCUUAUUGAUUGGCAAAAACACAAAGGCGAGAAGAACAGACGCCGAUGACUUAACUAAACUGUGCCUGUCACAUGGGCAUGUGUCCUAGUGAAACUGUGCCUGUGACAUGGGCAUGUGUCCUAGUGAAACUGUGCCUGUCACAUGGGCUUGUGUCCUAGUGAAACUGUGCUUGUCACAUGGGCAUGUGUCCUAGUGAAACUGUGCUUGUCACAUGGGCAUGUGUCCUACUGAAACUGUGCCUGUCACAUGGGCAUGUGUCCUAGUGAACUGGUGUCUGUCACAUGGGCAUGGGACCUAAUAAAAUGUGCGCGUCUCAUGGGCAUGUGUCCUAGUGAAACUGUGUUUGUCACAUGGGCAUGUGUCAUGGUGAAAAUGUGCCCGUCACAUAGGCAUGUGUCCUAGUGAAAUUCUGCCUGUCACAUGGGUAUAUGUCCUAGUGAAACUGUGCCUGUCACAUAGGCAUGUGUCCUAGUGAAACUGGGCCUGUCACUUGGACAUGUGUCAUAGUGAAACUGUGCUUGUCACAUGGGCAUGUGUCCUAGUGAAACUGCUUGUCACUUUGGCAUGUGUCCUAGUGAAACUGUGCUUGUCACAUGGGCAUGUGUCCUAGUGAAACUGUGCUUGUCACUUGGACAUGUGUCAUAGCGAAACUGUGCCUGUCAUAUGGGCAUGUGAUCUAAUGAAACUAUAUGUGUCACAUGGGCAUGGGACCUAAUAAAAUGCGCCCGUCUCAUGGACAGAUGUCCUAAUGAAACUGUGCUUUUCACACGGGCAUGGAACCUAAUGACACUGUCUGUCACAUGGGCAUGAGCAGUGGCGUGGCCUGAGGUGCGGAGGGGGCUGCUACUCCUGUGCCCAGACUUUUUUUACAUGAAAGGGAGGCAUUUUUAGCCACUUGCAUAGUAUUUUUUUCUCAUGAAAUGGGGUUAGAGGCCAUAAAAUUGUUACGUCUUGCUGCGCCACUUGGCAUGAGUCCCAAACAAGAAGAAAAUUUAUAAGUACGGUUGUUGUCACCCCCCCCCCACCCCCCAACAAUUUAAAAUAAAAAAAUUUUAAUUUUUUUUUGGGUUGUAGCCCGCCGUAAAUCUAAUUUAUCUGGCUAUUCCAUUAUUUUAAUUAUUUUAGCCACUUUCAUAGUAUUUUUUUCUCCUGAAAUGGGGUUAGAGGCCAUAAAAUUGUUACGUCUUGCUGCGCCACUUGGCAUGAGUCCCAAACAAGAAGAAAAUUUAUAAGUACGGUUGUUGUCACCCCCCCCCCCACCCCCCAACAAUUUAAAAUAAAAAAAUUUUAAUUUUUUUUUGGGUUGUAGCCCGCCGUAAAUCUAAUUUAUCUGGCUAUUCCAUUAUUUUAAUUCAUUUUUCUUCAAUCUCUCCAUCUCUAGGAACCUGAACUACAGGAGUUGGUGUAGAGAGAUCACCAUGGAGGCGGGACUCGACCCCUCUAGACCCCAGCACGUGGUGUUGAACAAGAAUGAAAAGUUGAAUAAUGGGACAACAUCAUCUUUUGGAAACAACAAUGUGACAUCUAGUGAGCACUCUGAAAUGAAUAACAAAGUAACUGGAAGCGAAAGCACUGAGGUCAAUACUAAAGGGAAAAUGUGGGAUUCAGAUGACGCCAAAAACGGGAAUACGUGGGAGUCAGAUGACCAUAAAGAAAACACGUGGGAAACUGGUGACGCAUACAGCAACAGGAAUACGUUGGAUGAAGCCAACAAUAACAGAAACACUUGGGAGUCUGAUGACGCAUACAGCAACGGGAAAAACUUGUUUGACAAAAGCCAUGUGAACUAUCCAGCGUCGAGAUGCAUGAACGACAACAUCAAGGAACUUUUACUGUUGGCGUCCGAUCAAGGCUGCGCGGAGAUGUUCCGAGCGCUGCUCGACACCCCCACAAACAUGGAUGUGGCGGACGCCGACGGUAAUACUCCAUUGCUGUUGUCGGCCGAGCUAGGCAACACCAAGCUGGUGCGGUCGUUGCUGCGGUUCGGGUGUCAGGUGAACCACCAAAACAAGGACGGCAACACGGCGCUUAUGUACGCCGUGGGCAGGGGGCACGACAUGGUCGUGACGUGCUUGAUUGCCUUUGGAGCGGACGUGAACCUCGGGAAUAAUGACAAGGAUAGUCCGCUAACUUUAGCCUGCCGCUGGGGGAAACUUUCAACCGUCCAGUCUUUGAUCGCGGCGGGCGCCAGUGUCGUGUACCCGGAUGCUAAUGGGGACACGCCGCUGUCCCACGCGUCUCGUCACGGCCACGUUCAAUUUGUGAAGCUCUUGGUGGAUUCCGGGGCGCCAGUCGACGCCACCAACGGGGACGGAGAAACCCCGUUGUUAAGCGCCGCACACUACAAGAGAACCAACGUCGUCAAAUACCUCCUCCAGCACGGGGCAGACGUCAAUCACAAAAACAAAAACCUGGACACGCCGCUGAUCAGCGCUGUUUGCAAGAGAAGCCUGGAGGUCAGCCUCGAGCUAAUCGCCUCCGGGGCCGACGUCAACGCCGUGGACUGCCACGGCAACAACGCCAUCAUGUACGCGGCGAGGAUGGACGACGUGGAGAUCAUGAGGGUUCUGAUAGAGUCGGGAUCUACCCUCGACCAAGUCAACAUUCACCACAAAACGCCCCUGUGGUUCUCCGUCUGCCAUUCCGUGCUGUCGCACAGUCCUUGUCUGAGACUCUUGCUGAAAUCCGGCGUCCGCAUCGGGUUCGAGCUGCACCAUGCGGUCAGCGUGGGCCUCAACCACGUCGUGAAGGAGCUUCUGUCCUACGGGGUGAUGCCGCACCACGCCUGUAAAUCUAAGCUCAACCUCUACUCGUGCCCCAACCACAUGCAGGCGUUGUCUCCUUUGACCGUGGCCCUGCUUGCGCAAAGAACCGACAUUGCAAGCUACUUCGUAGAUAUCGGAUUUCUAACGGAGUACGACCUCGUGAGCCUGCCGUUCGACUCCAGGCUGAGGCAGUUUCUCAAGGAGGACUCGCGAACGGCGUCGUUGCAGUUUAUGGACAAACGGAUGCGCCAGCCAUGGAGGCUUGAGCGCUGGAGUUUACUGGUCGUCUCCAGAGGGAUCGGGUUCAAUCCUCUCACACGCGAAAAACGAGCAAAAAGUGUUGGACUGCCGACUGUCUUUCAGAAAAUUCUACUUCCCCGUGUAUAAAUUCUUCUUCAUAUCGGAUAUUAAUGAAACUGCGAAUUCUAGCACAGUCGUUUCAGUCAUGGGAUGUCAUUAAAGAUCCAAUGAAAGAGUGAAAAUACAAGUGACAAUUGUGAUAAAGAAAUAAAAUGGUUCCGACCAAAGUACAGGACUAUUAAUAUUGACUUAAUAUGAAAUUUCUGCGGUGUUUAUCCAAAGAGAAUCAAAGAGUAUUUUGUUAUUCAUUGUAGUGAGUGAAAUCUAGUUUUUACUUGGCCUUAUGAAAUAUUAUCAUUCCCCAGACGUAUAUCUUGUUAUGUCAUUACUUCACCUGAUUUUCAAAGUUGAUACUUCAUUAUUGAGUUAUUAGGUUUGCCUUUAUAUUCUGUCAUUAGGCAAGCCUAUGUUACAGAGGCGUAGCGAGGGGGGGGCAGGGGGGACAGAUGUCCCCAGGCGCCAGCUAGUUAGGGGCGCCAAAAUAAGCUUUGAUAUUAUUUUAUUGAUGAAAAUAAUGGGUUUGAGAGUUGAAAAAAAGAAAAAGCGGCGCUUUAAAAUGGAUCUUGUCCCCGGGCGCCAAACACCCUCGCUACGCCGCUGCUAUGUUAUUCUGUUUUUAGGUUCGUCUAUAUUAUUCUGUUAUUAAGUUCGCGUAUAUCACUGUGUUUUUAGGUUCGCUAAUCUCAAAACUUCCCGAAAAACAUUGAUCAUCAGUUUCCUAAUUAUCCAUACAAAUGUUCUCUUAUUUCGUUCCUACCUCGGGUACGAGUCCCUACACAAUAAGUUAUGGAUUCAGUGGCGUAGACAGGGGAUGUGGAGGGGGAGUUCCGCCCGAAUGACACUUUUUUUCUUAUUUGGCGGGGCGUCAUUUUCGGCCAACUGUAAAUUUAUUUUUCAUGGAAGGAGGCAGCUAAAAGCUUGGCCCGCCCCUGGCGACAAAAACCCUAGCUGCGCCACUGUGUAGCCAGUAAUGUCUGGAUUUGAAAUUUUGAAGAUGAUGAAAUACAAUUUAAAGUCAUGGGGGUGGGGGUGUCUUUGGGGGUAGUUGUUAGUAGCUUGUGGACUUCAGAAGUUUAUGUAUAUUUUGUUUUUAAAACGAGUGCCCUGCUACAAACACCACACUGCUCUGUUGUGCUCUUUUCAAACUAGUCCUGAAUAUUAAGAAACAACUCAAACUGAUUUGCAUUGAAUGUUGUAUUGCGACCUUUCAUCAGAGAAUUUACUUUCUUUUUUAAAAUAAAUUUUUAAACAAAUAUUAUGGGUUUUGUGUAAUCUGUG